UGUGUACCGUCGUUAGGGCACACAGCUAGCAAACGUUUGCUAGAAAGGAAAUAGAGCUCAUAACAUCAGGCAACGAACUAAGACAGUGUUGAAAGAAAAGACCAAACAUAACAUGGUACUGACGGAAGCAGCAGCUGCUGCUGCGGCUAUGGCUGCUGUUGGGUUUGGUGUGCCAGCUCUUUUACCUAUUAUUGGUUUCACAGCAGCUGGAAUUAAAGCAGGCUCUAUCGCAGCUGGUGCUAUGGCAUUCGUGUACACUCACGGCUUUGUCGGACUAACGGCUUUAAGUGCUGCACAGUCUGCUGGAGCUGUAGGAGCCGUAGGAGCAGGAACACUGGCAGCUACAGGAGCUGCGACAUUUGCAGCUAUUGUUGCCCUGUUUUAACCAGCACAUAUUCCAGACAUCAAUAUGAGCUGUUUGAUAAAAUAACACUUUUUUAAACAACUCUUUUUUACCUGUGAUAUUCAAAUAAUUUUAAAUUGCAUCAACAUUUUUUUUUAAAUUUUUGAAUUAUUCUUAGAGUUAAAGUGUAAAAUUUUGUUUUUACUUUUCUUAUCAGACAGUUAAUGAUAACUU